CGCGGCCCCCGCCCGGGGCGAUGGAGCAGGAGCCCGGCGGGGCGGCCGCGGCGCUCCUGCGGCAGAAGAGGGCGGCGCUGCGGCGCAGGGGGUGCAGCUUCGAGAGCCCCAGGACAGCUGCUCAGCCUCCAGGCCCACUGAUGGAUCAGCUAACAAAGGGGUCCUGUGGGAGUCAGAUGGCACAGACCCUUUUGUGGAAAGCGAAGUCAUCUCUUUCCUUCGGCAUCCAGCCCUUGCAGAUGUGGCCAACAAAAGAUACUGAACUAGAGUCCCAGGUCAACCUCUCUGUCUCGGAAGACCUAGGCUGUAGACGUGGGGAUUUCAGUAGGAAACAUUAUGGAUCUGUGGAGCUGCUUAUUUCCAGUGAUGCUGAUGGAGCCAUCCAAAGGGCUGGAAGAUUCAGAGUGGAAAAUGGCUCUUCAGAUGAGAAUGCAACUGCUCUUCCAAGCACUUGGCGAAGAACGGAUGUGCACUUAGAGAACCCAGAAUACCACACCAGAUGGUAUUUCAAGUAUUUUUUAGGACAAGUCCAUCAGAAUUACAUUGGAAACGAUGCAGAGAAGAGCCCCUUCUUCUUGUCUGUGACCCUUUCUGACCAAAACAAUCAGCGUGUCCCUCAAUAUCGUGCAAUUCUUUGGAGGAAAACAGGUACCCAGAAAAUAUGCCUUCCCUACAGUCCCACAAAAACUCUUUCUGUGAAGUCCAUCUUAAGUGCCAUGAAUCUGGACAAAUUUGAGAAAGGCCCUAGGGAAAUUUUUCAUCCUGAGAUACAAAAGGACUUGCUGGUUCUUGAAGAACAAGAGGGCUCUGUGAAUUUCAAGUUUGGGAUUCUUUUUGUCAAAGAUGGGCAGCUCACUGACGAUGAGAUGUUCAGCAAUGAAAUUGGAAGUGAGGUUUUUCAAAAAUUUUUAAGUCUUCUGGGUGACACAAUCACUCUCAAGGGCUGGACAGGCUACCGUGGUGGUCUGGACACCAAAAGUAAGGAUGCCUUUUGA